AAUUUUAGUUCCCCAAUCAAUCAAAAGGGCAAAACUCCACAGAUAAAAAAACGAUUUCGUUGGCGAAAAUUUUGAUUUCCAAAUCCCUUUUAUCUGAUCAGUGGAGAGCUUAUUGGGCCUAAAGCGGACUUAGUAAAACAGGCCCAAAUUAUGUUAGAACAAAACAAAACACUGUCGUUUUGUCGGUAAGGACAUAGCCAGAUAGAGAGAUCCUGGAGAAAGCUUAAACCUAACAAUUUCUCUCAGAGUGUUAUCAUCAAAAGAUUCUUGGUCUCCGAUCCAGUCACCUGAAGAUUCUCCGAGCUUCUUUUGACCACACACUUUCAAUGGCGGAUGCUGUGAACGCUCAAACUCCAUCGCUCUCCGAGCAAUAUCAUUUGGAGAAAGAAGUGAAGCAAGACACAAGUGCAAAGCCUGUUGAAGUGAAAGAGGUGGCACCAGAAGUUACUACACAAGCUGAAGAGGUUAAGACGGAGCAAGCUAAGGAAGAAUCUCCUGUUGAGGAAGCGGUUUCUGUAGUUGAAGAGAAGUCUGAAUCUGCUCCUGAAUCAACGGAAGUGGCUUCUGAGGCUCCUGCUGCAGCGGAAGACAAUGCUGAAGAGACUCCUGCUGCUGCUGAAGAAAAUAAUGACGAAAACGCUAGUGAAGAAGUUGCUGAAGAAACCCCUGAUGAGAUCAAGCUUGAGACAGCUCCUGCUGAUUUCCGUUUCCCUACAACAAACCAAACAAGGCAUUGUUUCACUCGCUACGUUGAAUAUCACAGAUGUGUAGCUGCUAAGGGUGAUGAUGCUCCAGAAUGCGAUAAGUUUGCAAAGUUUUAUCGAUCUCUUUGCCCCAGCGAAUGGGUUGAUAGGUGGAACGAGCAAAGAGAAAAUGGAACAUUCCCUGGUCCUCUACCCUGAAGAAAAAUCAUAUUGCCAUCAUUCCUCUUUUGCUGUUACCUUCAUGAGAUUACACUGCAGAGUUUAAUAAGAUUUUACAAAACCAGCACUUCUGGUUCCCAUCAUCAUAAAAUGUGAGAAUUUAACAAAACUUUAUGAAUCUCAAAUUUUUCUCUUAUAUAAGUUUUUGAGGAUCAUCUGAUUUUUCUGAAUUGUUGUUCUUCCUGAUUAUGCUUUACUAUGGCAAGCUUCAAAUUCUUAGUACCAGGAGACAUUUUUGUCUUCUGUUUCUCUAAGGUUCAUAUAUAAUAUUUUUUCAUAAUACUAAUAUUAUUCCAAUCAAAAGAAAACAUUGGAAGAUAUAAAAGUUCUUUAUAAUUUAGAGAACACGCGGUACAUGAACAAAGUACUGUACUUGCUUUCUAUAUAAGAAACUUAUUUUUUCAAA